CUGUGUGGUCACUUCACCGCCCCUUCUGACGCCGCCGUGAGGUUUUCAAAGUUAUGCGUUGUAGUUGAGUGCGUGCCAUGCAGUUCUCCGCCGAAGUGCAAGGGGCGGUGUUUUCUGCUCCCCAUGAAUCCCUGAACACAAAGGCAACCAGACCUGACCCAGAGGGUGCUAGCAGUCCCCAGAAGACCGCCCAGAGGAUGGAGUCGCCGGCAAGGAAAGACGCCGAGCGGAGAUUGACCACCCCGACCAAAGCCGACGUGAUCCCUGCAUCUCCGAGGUCGCCGGCUUCACCCGCCCCCAGGUCUAAAAGAGACAUCAUGAAGUCAGACGAGAGGCAGCAGCUGGCCAAGGAGCGCAGAGAGGAGAAAGCCAAAUAUCUGGAAGAGCUCAGCAAGCUACAAGCGGCUAAGAAGAGCGUGUGGCUGGAGAAGGAGGAGAAGGCACGGCAGCUGAGGGAGCAGCAGCUGGAGGAGCGGCGCAGGAAGCUGGAGGAACAGCGCAUCAUGGCUGAAAAGCGCCGGGCCGCCCUGGAGGAGAGGCAGAAGCACAAGCUUGAGAAGAACAAAGAACGCUACGAGGCGGCCAUCCACCGCUCAACCAAGAAGACGUGGGCCGAAAUCCGCCAGCAAAGAUGGUCCUGGGCCGGGAACCAGAAUCAGAAGGAGAGCAGGUGCUCUGUUUCCACCGUCAACCUGCCCAAACACGUGGACUCGGUCAUAAACAAGCGACUCUCCAAGUCCUCCGCCACACUGUGGAACUCCCCCAGCAGAACCCGCAACCUCACGCUGAGCCCAUGGGAGAGCAGCAUAGUGGACCGCUUGAUGACGCCCACCUUGUCGUUCCUCGCCCGAAGCCGCAGUGCCGCCAGUGUGCUCCCCAACGGAAAAGACGGCCAGUCUCUGCUGUGCCCCCGCUCGUCCUCCGCCAACCCGCUGACGCUGUGCGCCCACCAGCCCCACCGCCGCUGCUCCGAACGCUGGAGGGUGACGUCCAGCACGCCUGACAUCACUCAGCGCCAACACAGACGCAGCUCCACACCCAUGGACAGAACCAAAAAAGAGAAGAAGGACAAGGAACGGGAGAACGAGAAAGAGAAAAACGCCCUGGCAAAGGAGAAGUUCCUGAAGAAGAGGCAGUCUCUUCCCAGCAUGAGACACAGACCAGACCUGAGUCCGAGCCCGCUAUCGAGACCGCGGCCGGCGUCACCCGCCACGCCCAAAGGCAGGCCCGCCUCCCCGAGCCCCGCCGGCUCCCCGAAGCCUCCAUCUACGCGCAGCAGCCCGUCGACCCCGAAAGGUCGGCCCAGAAGGGCGAGGACUCCCGCUAGGGUGGACCACCGCACCUCCUCACCUGUGCCCCUGGAGAGAGUGAGGGAGCCUCGCAGGCCAGCCACCCCCGACAACAGUCGCCGUUCCCCUGUGGUUCCUGCUGUCAGACCUGCUUCCAGCAUCUCCAGUUCGUCCGCCCCCGCCUCUGCAUCGCCCGAGUCGCUCAGGAAAGACGGUGCUUCAGUCCGGGUAGUUUCUCCUGCACCCUCCCCGUCCGCCAAGCCCAUGGCGGGCACCAACGACCCGGAGGAGGCGGCACGCAUCCUGGCUGAGAAGCGGCGGCAGGCUCGCGAGCAAAGAGAGCGAGAGGAGCAGGAGCGACGUGAGCAGGAGGAGAAGGACAGAAUCCUGAGAGAGGAGCGACUGGCAAGGGAGGCAGAAGAGCGGCGUCGCCUCGAGGAGGAGGCUCGCGCCAUCGCCGAGGAGCAGCAGAGGCUAGACAAAACCCGGCGGCUGCAGGAAGAGAAGGAGGCCCAGGAGCGGGCCAAGGCCGAGCAUGAGGAGAACCUUCGCUUACAGAAACAGAAAGAAGAAGCCGAGGCUAAAGCUCGCGAGGAGGCGGAGACGCAGCGUCUGGAGAGGGAGAAACACUUCCAGAAGGAGGAGCAGGAGAGGCUGGAGAGGAAGAAGCGCCUGGAGGAGAUCAUGAAGAGGACGCGCAAGACAGAUGGAGGCGACAAGAAAGAGGCAAAAUCUCAAGUCGGCGACAAGGAGGCAGAAAGCUGCAAAGAAUCUGCCCACCGUCAGCCGAGGUCAGAGGUCAACGUGGUCACCAACAACAACAACAAGACAGAGCAUGGACAGAGCGACAUGAGACAAAGCCCCCCUGAGCAAACGGUGAACGGGGUCCAGCUCGGCGGGAGACACGAGAAUGGCUUGUCCACCAAAGGAGACGUGACCAGCUUUGAGGACAUCAUUAUCAACGCCGCCAAUGGGGCACGGGGCAGGUCCGAGACCAGCAUGGCCCCUGAGGACAUCCUGGCUUUCGAGAGCGAGGAGACCUUCAUGAAGAAGGCGGGGCCACUGACACCUCAGCAUGUCGCAGAAGUGCUGUGAUAGCGUGGAGGUCCCGCGUCAAAACGUCUGGCCUCACAUGGGGGAGCCACCAUGUUCUGACCGCUCAGUGGGCGGGGUCACAGAUGAGGAGCACCGCCUGACAGGAUGCGAGAAACGACUGCGUGCACCUUAUUCCACAAUGACGGUGUCGUCCUUUGUACAGGACAGUACUGCUAAUGCUACACAAACGAUGCACAGACAUAUGAGGUAGAAAACACACUGAAGUGAUGUCCUGUGUAAACAUGUUCAUAGCUACUAUGAAUGAAUAGGGCAAAUCCACAUCAUGCGUGUGUGUACAUGUUAUAAAUAUAUUUUGACGUGUGCUGUAAGGUCCUUGCGAAGUAUUUGAAGUCUUAUUAAAAGACAAACUGUC